AUUUAGGCGCUCCGUGAAAAUUACGAAAAACUACUGGAAAUCAAUAGUUUAAUUAACAAAUUAACUGUCAACCAUUCGAUUUGCCUUCAGAGUGAAAACAAGAAAAAGGGAGAGAGAGAUUGAAGGAGGGAGAAAAGGUCAAAAAUAGCUCGAGCUGAGGCAAAAAAAAAAUAGAGCAUAGCAGGUCAUGCCCCACCGAGAAGUCAUUUAACGAGGAGAUAUAGAAAUGACUAAGCCGGAAGAGAAGCAUUUGCAGCAGCUGCUUGCGCAAUUGGAGAAGGUACCACGCCCCCAGCUGCAGCAGAAGUUCAUAGCCCACUUUAAGAAGGGCGGCAAGGGAAAUAACCAUUGCAGUCUGGAGGACUUUGCCGCUUACUUCUUGGCUGCACUGCGUGAGAAUACAAAGCAAUAUUUCUACACCCGCAAUUCGGAGACACCCGUACAUUCGCUGACCCCCAUACGUCAGCACAAGCCACCGCCCGCCGAUGUGGUCAAGGAACUGGAGGAGCAGCAACAGCACCAGCUGAAUGAAUCUCUCAAUCGCAGUCUUAAUGUGAGCUCCACUUCAACAACGACACCGGCUCGACAACAGACUGGACAGGGCCGUAAAUCCACGCCAGUUAGUGGUGGUCAGUUUUGCAGCACGCCCAACAGAAGUGGAGGAGGAGGCGGAGCAGCAGCAGCAGGAGGAGGUCACAGCUUCUGCCUGGGCGAUUUCCUAGUCACCACGCCCAACCAGAGCCAGCAGCAGCGAUCCAAAAAGAAGACCACGCCCCAGCAGCUGCAUUCUGGAGCGGGUACACCACAAUCCAAGCCCCGGCGACGUGUCCUACCCAUGACCAUCAGCAAGAAUGUUUCGGCAAGCUCCUCCUUUGGCGACACCAGUUCCUUUAGCAACGAUAACAAUCUAUGGCGAAUCUCACAGAGCAGCGAAAUCUUUGAUAGAAGUCAAGGAGCAGCGCUGGAGAUGGAGGCCCGCAAGUCGCUUUUGCUGAACAAGCAGGAGAUCAAAAGCGAGGCUCCAGUGAAUGUCAGUCAGCAGCAGGAGAGAAGCCCAGAGGAUGAAGUAGUUUCAGGAGAAAUCUUAAAUCUGGAGGAUGUGAGCGAUACCAAUCAAUUGCAGCUACUAUCCACAAUCUAUAGCCUUUUGAUUGACCUGAAUCUAGUGCCCAAUGUGCUAAGUGAGCUGAUCUUUGUGCUUCAGUUGCUCAAUAUACGAGACUUUGGGCAAAAGCCCGUAGAAACAUCAGAUAUUUCUAUGCCUUUGGAGCGGCUCACUCAGUACAAAAGCUGCGUUUACUUUGUCUUGAAACUGCUGGAGAACCAGCAAAAGUUACUGCUGCAGCUGGACAAAAGGAGUUUGGUGGUGCUGCUUCAAAACGAGAGAUUAAGCCUUAUGCCUGCCGGCAUUGUCAAACAACUGGAGGCUUCGUGCCAGCAGCGACAGGAGUUUGCUCUGGAAACCUCAUCCUCCUCGCAGCAGAAUGUCUACUAUCAUGUGGAGAAAGAUUCGCGGGACAACUUUCCCUCGCAGAAUGAGUUUGGAGCCUUUAAGACCCAGCGAGAUCUCUUUUACAAAGCCCUGAAGCAAUGGGAAGUGGGCCACCUAAAUCGGGUUUUCAACUUUGCCAGCGAGUUGACGCCCCGCAUUAGGGAGAUCUUUAAGGUUUCAGAGCACCCGGUUAAUAUGACUCAUUUUGCCAAAUUGUUUGUCAGCCAGCUGUUGAUCUGCGCCACCGAGACCACCGAAUCUCCCGAAGAGCUGGGCUUAAAGCUGGAUCCGCUCAGGCACAACAAACUGGCCCAGCGCCUGGUGACCUCAAAUUCAAGUGUGGAAGGUCAGUUUCCCCGUUCGCAGGCCUUUUUCCGGGACUUUAUCGCCGGAUGUUCGUCGGUGGCCUUUCUGGUGCAUCUGAAACUGGCUCUUUUCCUUCAGCUAAUGCGCCACAACGACUCCACCUUUGAUCUGCUCCAACUGGCAGAAGAUGUUGGUGCCGAUGAGCAAUCCGUUCAGCAGGGACCGUACAUUGUUCGCGUCCAGACCAUGGCCAACAUGCUGAUUCUGGCCAAGUUUCUGGGCUAUGUGACUGUUUUGCCUUUCAGUGGGACCACCCAGCAUGGCAAUCCAUCGCCGCCGUUUCUCUGUCCACAGCAGUUGCAACUUCGCAGUCACUUUCAUCCGGAUUUCAAUCUCAGAGAGAUUCUCGAACGCUCCAUGCGACAAGGCAAGCUGCUGAUUACACUGCCAUGGCUGGUGCAAUACCUGGUGAUGCUCGAUUUGGUCACCCUGCAUCUGCCAGACUCAUUGGCCACCUUGGAGCUGCUCUACGCAUUGUAUGCCUCUAUUCAUGUGGAUAAACUGCAACCUGGGGCUGUUUUCAUAGUCAGAAGUUGCAUUGGCUGGCUGUUGGAUGCCCAGCCCCAGUUGGUUAAUGGCUACUACAGCCACCGAGCACUUGAGGCCACUUCAUCGAUUGUGGAUCUCUGCCUGAGUGGCCUGCGUUGCAAUGAGAAAUCCUACGUCCCCUUGUUGGAAGAACUUUUGCCAGUGGCUUGUCCCUUCCUUCAAGAAUUCCGGGUGAGCAUUACGCCUUCGCGACAGGCGAGGAGCGGUCGCUUCCGCUACAUAACCACUCGCUUGGAGCAGCUGCAGCAGAGUAGCAGUGCCGCCUCCAAGGAGGCAAUGGCUCCCAGUGAGUUGACUCCCGUGGAGCAGCAGCAGCGCAAGUUGGCCGAUGCCUUUCUGCAAUCCCAGAAUGCGUCCACCAGAAGACUGAUUGAGUUUGUCACAGAGCGCAGCUUUAAGUGUGUGGUCAAGGAUGCCCAGCAGGAGAUUUUGCUCCCUUCAAAGGCUGCAGCGGAUGCCAAGGUGAACGAGAUUAGCUCCAUGAAGCAAGAAGAGGUUUAUCAAAAGCUGCAGCAGAUAUUUCAAGAGGCCAGGGAGAAGGCCAGCCAACUGUGGAAACAGCAGGUACCCCAGAUGCUGGACAGGCGCAUAGGUCAAUCUUUGGAAGCCCUUCUGCCCGCCAGCACUAAUUUAGUGCUGUGCUCCACAUAUGCUCAAUUGAUCCGAGUUCAAGCUCAGACGCAGCUGCAACAGUGGCUGCAAUCCAGUGUGCUACACUCCACCUUCUACCAUGGUGAUCUCCAGGAGCUGGCCACCAAGGUGUGCCACUCCAAUCGAAACAAGGCGGAUGCCGCAGCUGCCGGUGGUGGCGGUUCCAGUGAGCUCCAAAUCAGCCCUGAUGUGGGAUUUAGCCUGUCGGAGCUGCUCUUCCAGCUGCAGCAAUGGAUGCACUGCCUCAGCUUGAGGCCGGAAAGUGUGGGCAGUAGGGAAGAACUCAGCGAGCUGCUACGACAAUCCCAACAGGCGGUUCUAUUACCCCAAAUGCCCACUGUUUUCUAUCACCUAAUUGGUUCCGGCUUGGUACAUCUGCUCCAGUUGCUCAUUAACAGAAAACCGAAUUUAUUUGACGACGAUGUAAUCUCAGCCAGCUGUUCGGUGUGGCGAUCGCCGCAGUUUAUGGCCAGUGAGGCCUCACCCGGAAUCUUUGAGAGCCUGCUCAGCAUUAGUUUUGUGGAGGAGUUGGGCAACAAUCCGGACAGCUUCCGACUACUGCAGAAGCUGCUGGGAUGCAUGUUGGAGUCGGGAGCGGUGCGGGCCGAGCAGCUCAACGAACUCUUCAUGCCGCUCUUCGCCGAAAACUGGACGCCCCACGUUUGGAGCACCCUGUCCAGCCUGCUGCAGCAACUCUCCCUUGCCGGGAAGGAUUCCGGAGGCCUCGAUGGCUCCGGCGAAAGCCACGAAGACGAGGCCAAGUCGCAACUCUUCAUGGAGAUGCUGGCCGAUUUAUCGCGAGAUUUGGAUAGUUUUUAAGUCAAGAAUGUUGGUUAUGUCACCCGUAACGUUUAUGUUUCGAAUAAAUCGUUCUUUUUUUGUA